AUGUUGGGAGAGGGAAGCAUACCAGAUUCGGAUUGGGAGAUCCCCCAAUCGGACAUCGAGUUCGGUGUGCAGAUCGCCCAGGGCAACUUCGGCCGCAUCUACAAAGGCUCCUACUUUGGCACGGAGGUGGCGAUCAAGCUGAUCCUCCCCUGCGAGACCCCCGAUAUGACCCACAAGUACAUCGAGCGCGAGGUCACAGUUCUCAAAGGUCUGCGGCACCCGCUUGUGGUCAACUUCAUGGGCGUGGCGCGGCGAAACGGCGACUUUUACAUCGUCACCGAGUGGGUGGACGGUGGCAACCUGCGCACCCUCACCAAGGACAAGAAUGACACCUUUACGUGGAGCAACAAGGUCAGCAUCGCCCGAGACAUUGCCGUGGCCAUGGCCUUCCUCCAUGGGCGAGGCAUCAUUCACAGAGACUUGAAGGCAGACAACCUAUUGAUCACCAAGUCCGGCCAGGUGAAGCUCUGUGAUUUUGGGUUCGCGAGGGCGCGCAACACGGGCUACAUGACGCUGGCCGGCACGGAAGAGUACAUGGCGCCCGAGGUGAUCUUGGGCAUGGAGUACGACGAAAAGGUUGACGUGUACAGCUACGGAGUGGUGCUGCUCGAGCUGAUCUCCCGCAAGGUGCCACCAGUGCGUGGGCCAGCCUUCGCGUUCGACUUCAGUCCUGAGCAGCUGCAGGCGACCAUUCCGGCCGACUGUCCACAGCGCUUGGAGGACCUGGUGCUGCGCUGCAUCAACUACAAGCCCGGCAUGCGGCCGGCCUUCAAGGACAUCUUGGGCACAUGCAAGGAGCUACUGGAGGAGCUGAGCGCGGACGAAGACGCCAGCGGGAAUCUGAUGGAAGGCGAUGAGACACUCCGCACAAAGCGAGCUCUGGAGAUCAUGAAGAAUAGACCUAAGACUUGGAGUCUGGCGACGACGCAGGUUGAAGGGAGCGCAGGAGCUGCUGGCUUCGGCGGAUUUAGGCAAAGCCAGUGCGGAUUCGCCGUUACAUUCUGGCCGACGCGGAGCGCCGCCAGCGGUAUCCCAGGCACACCGUCGGCUCAAUCGCCGAGUCGACCCUGGGGCACUGUCUCCCCGGCAACCGGCGCUGUCAUGUUGCGCGAGGGCAAGACCGUGACGCUGCCCAGCGAACUCGUACGAAAGGGCGACUGCUUCAUCGAAGAGGACAAGGUCAUCGUCAGGGAGUCUGCCGGCGUGCAGACCGUCGCCGUCUCCAAGAAGUAUUCAUGGAACACGCGGCCCAUGGUCAUGAAGGUGACCUUCAUGACCAUCGUUUCCCCCGGCGGCUGGCUCAGCAUCACAGUCGAGUUCGACAACCACUCGCCCAAGGUGGUGACCGGCAUCCAGGCCUGGAUCACAGAGCAGCGGGCCGUCGUGAAAAAGAAGAAGUUAGUCAUCGUAGAAAAGCCCGGUGCUGCCGCUGGCGCGCAAGGAGCGGCCGACGUGGAUCGGCGACGUGGAGUUCCCCAUCCCGCCCAGCAUUCCGCCAACGUCUAUCGACGUCGACAACCACCUCAGCUAUGUGCUCAACGUGGAGGGCGUCGUGGAGAAGGGCAAGACGAAGGGCAUCCGCGCCACUGUCCCCAUCACCGUUCGAUCGCCGCUCGCUUCCACCCAUCUUCAUGA